ACUACUACCACCACCACCACCACCACCACCACUACUACUACUACUACUACUACUACUACUACUACUUCUACUUCUUCAGCAGUAUCUACUUUAUUUCUGGUUGUGCACCGUAUAUCUUUCGAAAUACCCGUAAUGAUGUACCCAAGUUGUCCGGAAUUGCGAGAGUGGCACCUCCUGCAUGACAAACCCGGUGCUUUUUAAGGGAAGGCAGCCUGGGAGUCAACACACACCCGCAACCUCAAUCACCACCACAACAUCCACUCGCCUCCAGACCCUCACAAUGCGUUCAUCUCUCCUACUCGGCCUUACAGUGGUGGUGCUGCUGGGCGUCAUCGUGCCUCCAUGCAUGGCAGGCCAGGCACUCAACAAACUUAUGCCUAAAAUCGUCAGCGCCAUAAUUUAUAUGGUCGGGCAACCCAAUGCAGGUGUCACUUUUCUGGGCCACCAAUGUCUGGUGGAGUCAACGAGGCAACCAGACGGGUUCUACACCGCAAAGAUGUCGUGUGCUUCCUGGACUCAUGAUAAUCCUAUUGUUGGGGAAGGAAGAAGCCGGGUUGAACUUGAGGCGCUUAAAGGUUCCAUCACAAACUUUGUCCAGACAGCAUCCAAUUACAAGAAGUUCACCAUAGAUGAGGUCGAGGACUGGAUUGCUUCUUACUAAGACGCUCACCUGACGUGCUCUCCGAGUCCACCAAAGCUGUCUUUGCUGGAGCCACUAAGAGUGGUUUGGUUAUUGAGGACAACAAAUAACUUUCUGAAUU